AGAACAGGACCAUCGCCUGUCACAGCCAGUAAACACGCUCACUCGGUUGUUUUGGUGACGCAGACAAAAUGAGUUUCUUCUCACCCACCUUGUUGUGACCCCACGAGAAAAAUUACAUCAUCAGCUUAUUGAAGCACAUGUCAGGUUUAUUUACGAUGCAUGAUUGGUAACAGACUUCAGAGAAAACGCCAUUAUAUUUGACUGAGUAUGUCAUACUAAAAUGAAAUUUUUACAUUGUGUUCAUUGUCCGCUUUUUCCUGAAUCAAUAUUGCACAUUGUCGAUGUCAACACGUGAAUUAAUUGUAAAUUCUUCAUAUGGAAGGUCAUUCCAUUUAUUUACAAAUAUACAAGCACACGUAUUCGUAAUUAAAUAUUUCAAAUAUGUCAAAGUAUACUAGACCUUUAACGAGCUUGAGCGAGCUAUUUCUGUUCCUGUAUAUCACGUAAAGACCUAUAGUCCUAUAGCGCUAAAGUUUGCAUACUCGAGUGAACUGCAUGAUUGAAAAAAUGAAUGUCUAUAUUUGCUUUCAUUUUAGGUUUUGUUCUAUUUCAGUUACAUAUUCAAAAUGAUCUAAUUCAUCAAAUUCAAAGUAACGAAUUAUAUUCGUAUUAUUGUAUAUUUUUAUGAAAUAAAACGCUAUGGACGUUAGACAAACAACUAUAUUACCAUUAAGUGGGUUUCUAGGUUCCAUCGGUUCAAAAUACUGUAGUCUGAUAUAUAUUAAUUAACCAUUUGUUUAUCACUCGAAGAAAUGCGCUAACGAUCUAAAUUCUAAAUGAAGGAUGGAAAGCUGUAAACAUGUACCGACAGCAAAACAUCGAUCUCACAACAGCAUGAUGUCAGCAUUUAGUUAACGCAACCAAUGACGACUAAAAAAUUGCGCAGUCAUUUUGUCUCAUAAAUACAGUGCUCUCCCAGAUAAAUGCUAACUCGAUAAAACAGCCCAGUGUCUACUCAUAAAGUUUUACAUGGGCAUCAGCCAAGAAGACAAUGAAAAUUGAUCAGAAGAGAGAACAACUGGCGCCAUGUAUUGAUGCCGAAUUCAGUGAUUUCCUGAAAUAUAUGAUGUACGAAAAUAAUGAACCGAUUCUUUGGUUAUUCGGUUACGGUUCUUUAAUUUGGCUUCCGAAUUUUGAAUACGCCAAGUCUGAGAUGGGGUUCGUUGAAGGAUUUGCUAUUCGCUUCUGGCAGGGAAAUACUACACACCGUGGAACUCCGGAAUCACCUGGCAGGGUGCCCACGCUUAUUGAAGACAGAAAACCAGCUACCUGGGGAAGAUCGUUUCAACUUCGUGGAAGAAAGCAAAUAAAUGAGGCUCUCAAACAUUUGUGCACUCGCGAAAUGAAACUUGGUGGAUAUAAAUACGAAUGCAUGGAUUUUCACGUUCGUGGUUCCAAAGACAACGAAAUUAUUCAAGCCGUUACCUUCAUCGCCACCCCAGAUAACGAUCUAUAUCUCGGACCAGCUUCCAUCGAUGAAAUCGCCGAAACUAUUGUACACUCCGAAGGAAAGAGUGGAUCAAAUUUAGAAUAUUUAUUCCGUCUAAUAGACAGUUUACGCGAAUUCCUCCCGGGAAUCAUUGAUGAGCAUUUAUGGAAUCUCGAAGACGCAUGUCAUAUCUUACUCCAUGUUAAACAAAUUGAGUAUUCUUAUGAAGAACUUGAUAAUCGGAACUUAAAGAAUAAAUUUUUAUUCAAAUAUAUGCUAAGCAAGAGCGCAAAACACAAUUUUUUUUUAUUGGUUGACUAAAUUUCAUAAUUACAUCUGCUUUUGAAAUCAUGAGCGAAAAUAUACAGUCGGUUAAAUGCUAAAGACAGUUGUAUUGAAUUUUGUAAUAUUUAUGCAAAGACGUAUAACCUGGAUAAUAUAGACUCUUCGAAUGCGAAAGAAUAUGAAAUUAUGAAUGUUAUACAAAUAUAUUGUUUAUGUACCUUGUUACUAUAAUGUGAUAUCCAUAAAAUCAGUCAUAUAAAUUUAGUUGUUUUCGAAUAUCGUUCUUGAAUCUUUAUUUUUUCAAAUACCGCCAUAAAUAAAAGUUCCUACGUUUCUGAAUAAUGUCUUACUUACUUAACCUGUGGACGUUUGUCCGACUCUUGGCCCCAGAAAAAGACUCCCUGUACUCUACUAUAGCUAUAAAAUUUUUGAUACUCAUUUUGAGAGUGUUUUGAAGAGUGG